AUGUUCCUAAAGAAGAAGUUUCUUAAAAAAUAAUAGAUAAAACGAGUAUUCCUACUCAUGUUUUUUCGUUAAAAAAAUUCAUAGAAAAAAAUGCGAAUUAUUAAUUUACGGAAUGGGAACUUUCUUUUUUAAGUUAAACUACUCAAUAAUUCCCUAAUAUAAUAAGUGUGGGUAAACUGGAAAAAACUCCUAAAUAAAUAGCUUACCCAUAGUUUAACAAAGAAUUUUUUAUAGAUAUAAAUACAACAAAUGGAAAUAUUAAAAUUGAUUCUAUAAAAUUAACAACUCCUGGAUUUGUAUUCUUGGGCUUAGAUAAUUAUAGUACAAAGUAAGAUUCUUUGCCUUAAAAAUUAAGUUUAGGAUAGAAUUAUGUUACAAAUGGAGCAUAAAUGUAAAUUUAUAAUUCUUAAGAAACUAUUUCUUUUGUUUUUAGUAAUGCUUUUACGUAAUUAAAUUUAAAUUAGUUUCAAAUUUUUAUGGUUGCCACAGAAUUCGAUCCUUCACCGUUUGCAUCACAUACUUAAUUGUUGA